CGCGAGAGGGGGCAGCAUCUUAUGAACAUAUUUGCGCUUUUCCGCCCCUCUUCCCUGUAUAGUAGUAGCUAUAAUAAUAUUAUACAGUGGACACUUAUUGUAAUGCGAAGACUGCGUAUACGCGGAGCAUUCUAUAACCUCUUAUUUGCACUUGGAAAUAGCUAGAGAGUAUAUUCGGCUUGGAAUUGAAAAAGAAAAUCGACUUUUGGCGACUUGGCGUGAAGGAGACGAGAGAAGUGAGGAAAUUAGUUCUCCCGUCAACGGCGCAGUCUCUCAACAUGCAGACCGGCUUCAAGAAGGACUACCCGAGCAACGUUGCCCGCAGCAGCUCGAUCCUGACGAGUGGCCGAGUUGGUCGCGUGCCUCGUUUCGAGUAUGUGAAUCGUCAAGGUCAGGUAGUGAAUCCCAAGACCGGUAAACCCUACGACCGCAUGCACGAGAACGGCGUGCAUCAGUCUUCCGGCAAAGCCGCAGCAAAGGCCCUUAACAAGCGCUACCCGAUCAAGACACGUGGAACAAUGUUCGGAGGCCUGGAGCCGAUUCCCACUGACCCGACGCGAGAUCCACCACCCCGGGUAUGCUACAACUGCUGGCAAAAGGGACACUCCCGGCGAGACUGUCCCAGGCCGGCCGUUGCCAGGUACUGCAAUAACUGCGGCAGACGAGGUGAGGACUUGAGGACCUGCCCCAGGUGCAAGCUGGCGCACGAUCGCUAUCUUAUCCAGCUGCAGGCUAAAGAGCGGGGCGAGGAGCUGGACCCCGAGGAGGUCGAGAGAUUGUUGCCCGAAUCCGAAUUUUAUGAGGAUGAAAUCGAGGAGAAUGAGGACGGCUGUGACGAGAUAUUGCGAGAGCUCAUGCUCCAGGAUGAGCGGCCAAGGAUAGUCAGCAACGGACUGAACCGUGACUACCAAGAGAGACACAUUGGCCUUGCUGUAUUUCAGGAACGCGAAGAUGCCUCUGCGUUCAAAAACAGAGAGCGCGAGAUGGAGAGAGAAUGGGACAGAGAGAGGGAGAUAGAACAGGAGGAAGAAGCUUUGAAAAAACUGUACGCUGAGCGAGGAAGGCAAGAGCGACGAUCGGGUUAUAGCGACAGAGAGACUAGGUACGACGAUGAGAUAGACCAGCAGUACGAAAUGGAGAGGCGGGAAAGAAAGGAGAGAGAGGAGAGGGAGCGGGAGCGCUCGAGAUGGAGAGUACAGGAGGUAAUGAGCAGCGCAGCAACCGCGAAGCAGAGCACCAGUUCGACAACAGUGUCCGAGGCACAGAUCACCUCGGACCCGGUGCAGGAUUUCCUGCUACUCGCUAAGACGAUAGCGCAUCUGUCACCUGAGACGCAGGAUCUGAUCAUGCGACAGGUGAUCGCUGAGCGCAAGGAGCACCAGGCCAGAUCGAAGGGGAUGCAACGAGAACACGAGGAAGACACAUGGCCGUAAAGCUCUUGGAAGCUUCGCGUUCGUCAAGGGUGAAAGAAGUGGUUUUGAAGGCGUGAUUGGAUGUCGUCGAUUUUGUUGAUGGCUUUGGUAGUUGCAAAUUUUUUUCUGAAUAUGUGAGGGUUGAGAUAUGAUAUAAUUAUAAUAAGUCUUGCAAUCAGUAAGGUAGAACUUUCUUCUGUUAUACAGAAUGAAAUUAAGGACUGCUAGCAAGCGAUGUAUUGAUUAUAUAGGGAUACCAUAUUAUUCAGGUCUUUUGUAGUUGAAAAACUUAUAAUGAAACUUUGUCAGCUUGUUUGGCUUAGUGUUUUAUUAUCAUUACUGAAACAAAACAUCACAUACUUAUUGUGUACUUUUUUCUGCUAAUUUUAUGAGCCAUCGCAAAAUGAUCAUUACAUAUUAGUAGUCUUUUAUGGAACAAUGCCAAGAAUUUUUGAUUGUUUAUGAGUUUUAUAUAGAUGUACCUAUUCAUUAGAGUGAUUAAAUAUUAACAAAUCUUAUAGUGUCUGUAGAUUCCAAGUCUUCAUUCUAAUAUUAUGAACAAACAAGGAAAUAGUUACUAGAGAAUACUGAGUAUCAACAAAGUCUGUUUUUACUGCAGCAAGUCAACUAUAUUACCAAAUGAUGAAUUCUGUAGUUUGACAUCUGAAUCUCUGUAAUUUCGUUGUAUUGUUUUUUUCUAAUAACAGAUAAUUGCAUAAAUUUGGCUAAAUUUUCAUGACGACUCGAUAAAAAUAAGAAAACAUCACGCAUUAAGGAUAAAAAGCAGAGUGGUUAAUUGCAAUUAUGAAGUAUAUGGCGUCAUAAUGUCGCACAUUGAACGAGCUUUAAAUCCAUAACUAUUAUUGUAAAGAUAGACACCUAUCAACUUAUUAUUUCUCGUAAGGAUUAUAGUCAUUUCUUAAAUUUGCGACUAAGAUUGGCCCGAUAAGAUGAUGAAUGUUGAUCAACUAUUAUCUUACGUGAAGACUAAAUAAAAAAUGAAGAUGAAUACAAGUGGAAAAGUGCGAGCUUUGAGAGAACGAGCAUAAGUGCAGUUGUAUUAAUAAUUCUUAUACAACCUAUACUAGAACUGUCUUGUAUCAUGAUGAAUAUAAUGCAAAAUUUAUAAUAAAUAUUAAGUGCACUCAA